AUACGAACGGACCAGUCAUGAUCGCGUGCCGACCACACGAUGAACAAGCUGGCACGCACCUGUUGCUUCAGGGAGCAGGCGACAGGUGACUGUCCCACACAACGAUGUAGAUACAGAUAUACAACAGUGUACAUAGCCUACAUGCCGUGAUGCAUGUAGAUCGAUAACCACUAUUUAUCAUUCAUGUGGCGGGAUGUAGCAUAGGAAGUGUCAACAGUGUUUGGAUACGUAAUGCAGGGAAAAGCAUUUGUCAGAUGACGUAGACCUGGUGUCCUGGACUUGACCAUUGUGCCUUAUGUCUGCCAGUCUUCCAUAGCAUCCUUGCACUGGUGCCACCGCAGAUCAUCACACAGCCUUGGAGAUUGGUGCACGCAUUUAGUGUCAUAUCCGAUACAUCUUUAAAACAUUUACAAGUUACAGCACGCAAUAAGCCAGUUUUUGUUUUGUGUUAAUGUACCUGUUUUAGAAGUCUUCCAUUUUGUGUAUAUUGUGAAAAUUACCAUAUGAAAAAAACAACAUUAUAUGAUUUGUUUGUAUCUGUGGAAUUGGAUAGCGAAGAUAGAAGACCUUUUGUGUGACAGCUGUCUUUUUCAAAAUGGAUUUUUUUUGUGAGUAGACAGAUAGCAAUGGUUGUGAACAGAACUACUACAAAGGAAUUUUGUGUGUAGAAGUGGAAUAUACAGGAUAUCCUCCACACUGUUAGACAGCAAUGGAGGAGAUGAUUGAUAUGGAGGGUUUGACGGAGGAGGAGAAGACGCUCAUACUGAGUGUGAUACGACGGGAUGAGGAACUACGGAAAGAACAGGACACGAGAGCCAGUCAGCUACGGAGUGAGAUACACAACCUGAGACUUCAGAGUGUGAUCCGUGACGGCGAUGACCUCAACAAGAUCUGUGCACGAUGUCACAAACCAUUCGGGUUCAUCUUCAACACAGGUGACGUCUGCUCCCAGUGCAAGUUCCGAGUGUGUGGCGUCUGCCGUGAGAGUCUGUUGACAGGGAAAUGGCUCUGCACUCUCUGCUAUAAGCAAGUGCAACUCAAGGGUUUAACAGGGGAGUGGAUUCAAGACAACGUCAAUAAUGAAAAGCGAAGACAAUCGCAGAGUGGCAUCGACUUGGUGAAGGCAUCACUCAGACAUAGUCUCUCCAAUGGCACUGUUUCCAAGACUCGUGAUGGCGACAGUGGCGAUGGUGUGCCAGACACUAAACGAGGGGUCACCAGACAAGACUCUGCCAGUCGAGAGGACAUUGACCGAGUCGGGUAUCCUAAAAAUGCAGACAAGAAGAGAUUGUCCAACUUGUUUGAAACCUUUAAAUCUAGUAAAGAUGUACCUGAUAAUGAUGAACAAGACAUAAAACAUGUGUCAUGUAGACGGCACAAUGUCUCAGACUCAGAUUCGGGGUCAUCAUCCGAUGGAGAAACUCCGAUGGAUGUUGCCGAUUCCAAGACUCAGUCCUCGGAUCAAGUAUCGUCUACUUCUGCAGCCAUCUUGGCUCAAAACCUGUCUGAGACAGAGAGUGCCUCUGACUUGCGUCGAGACCAAAAAGAGUCUCCAGAGAGAAAAGUGCCUAAUGGAGAAUCACAACCUAACAGUGGAGAGACAGUGGAAGGGGCAGAGUCUGCUUCAACAGAACGUUCCAGGAACUCCGUGUCCCCUGAAAAACGUAAAAUGACCCCGACAGAGGCUGUGAUUUUUUCGAAACGGUUCUCAGGCACCCAAGACCAGCUGAUGGUGAGUCAGCCAUCUUCUUCCAAUAGCCCGGUGUCUCCAGUUUGUAACAUGUCGCAUUCCCCAGACCACAAAACCAGCAUCGUCAGGAGAACAUCCUCUGAGAAGUCCGACACUUCCAGCAUGUCCUCUGCCCGCACAGCUUCCCCAGCCACCAAAAUGAGGCUCCUGGACAUGGCAAGUAAACGUGCGCUAGAACGGGAGAGUUUCGACCAGGAGGAGUCAGGGCAUGAUAGCCCAAGACACAAACCAGAGGAUACCCCUUCAAAUGGUGUCAACCGUCUUCGUCUCCAACCAAGCCGGACCACAGGUGGAUCGUCGUCACCAGUGAGACCUUCCUCCCCUCAGUCUGACAUAUGCAGUGGGUCGGACAGUGAUGUGAUGGAAGUAGCAGAGUUCCCUCUGUACAUGUCACCCAGGCACUCUCAGGAGGCGCCGUUGUCGGGGGAGCUGUCAGGGACAGAGGAGAACCAGUUGUCUGGCGAGCCCUCAUCUCCUGGAGCAGAGGAGUUAAAUGAGGCUGAGAAUCACUUUGGGAUGAAGGAGACUGAAGGGGCUGAUGAUAAAAGAGCACAUGGUCUGAACGAAGGAACAGACUAUGAAGAUGUUAUGGAGACUAAAUCAGAACCAUCACAUCCAUGUCAGCAUAUUACUGAGGGUCAUGUGCCGGAUGCCACAUCUACACCCAAUCACUUAGAAGAAACCAUAGAUGACGAGCACUUAUUUCAGCUUGUAUCCAUGUCUCGUCCUCAAGUUACUUGUCCUCCGUCACAACAUUCACAGACUAGGAGGUCUAAAGAUGACAGUGAACUAGAACAUGUUAAACCAUCACCAUCUGCAGCUGUGACUUCAACAGCUGCCUCAUCAGCUGCCACGGUUACUAAUCUGUCCACCAUUGGACUCAUACCCGACAAUGACGAAGGUGACCCCUUUGCUUCCGGACCAGUUGAUAUCAGUGAUGCUCUACAGCGCUACCUGCGACAGGAAGUAGAUGAGCUAUCCGACUGCCUUAGUGUCAUCACAGAAAGGACUGAACCAGAAGAAGAUGAAUUAUCGGAGUUAAGUGAAGCAUUAGAUGACACAAUGGAGGAUGAGGACCUGGAUAAGGAAAUAGAAAAGAUAUACCAAGCAAACAUAAGUAUUGAGAGUUACUGCAGCAGCGACAAUCUCAGUUCUGGCUCUGCCGCUGCAGCCAUUCGGAAGGCAAGGAGAGAACAGCAGAAAAAGCACAUUGAAGAGGUUCUUGCUAGCCCGACAUCCUUUCAACUUCAGGUGAUAUCGGAGGGGUUUACAGACAAACCUGUUCAAUCAAAAGAGGAACCAUCUGAACAAGAGAGUGAUACUGAGUCGGUGGACAAAGUGUCUAUAACCUCUGACACCAUAUCUGCCUGCCUUAGUGAUAUGAGUUCUGUGGACCAUUCCAACAGACAGACACCCACAAGCAGCAUCCUGGUCUCGGUAGACGAUGGUGCUGUGGGGAACGCUGACACAAACAGCAGCGAUACAACCAGUGAGGAGCAGGAUUCAGCGUGGUUUGAUAUGUCCCUGUCUGUCGAUUCGGUUAAAGAGCUUCCCACUGCCAAGAACUCUAGUUCCCAAGAUGCAUCAAUGUCUGCUAGCACUGAGACUCUGUGUGAUGAAGAUCUUCCACAGGAUGAUGUUGCUAAUGUGGAUGAUGACAGAACAACUCCCGAACCUCAUGUUCCUGAAACUGAUACCAACUUGGACUCCAAAGAAACACUGGAGGGAAACAAAUUGGUUAAUGAGAAAGACAUUUCUAACUGUCUCAAACAAGUUAGCAUAGAGAAUGACAUUAAUAAUGCAAAUGUUCCUCAGUCUGAUUCUGAUUUCCCCAGCAUCCCCUUAGUGCCUGGGCAUGACCCUGAUGCCACUUCUGUACCUUCUGAAACCCUUCAUCCCAUUUCAAACACUUCCUCCCCACCCGACCUUCACCUUCAAGAUCUACCAGUGACCUUGACCUCACCAACUGCUGCCUCACCUUCAUCCCCGCUUCCUGAGUGUCAACCAGAUGUGGGUGUGAUUCCUCCUGGGAUGUCCGAUCGGACUUCGGAGACUGAGAGUCACGGAGGCGACAGCGGACAUAUUUCAGGGACAUCUGCGGAGAACACCCCUGAACACAAGUCCCGACAUCACAGCCAUUUGUCCAUACCGUCUCUUGUAUUGACGUCAACGUCUGCGGAAGAGCAGCAAGACAGAGAAGAAGAAGAUGACAUUGAUGACCUGGUUGCCUCUCACAAGUCUAUUGGCAGUUUACGUGGUAGUCGUGGCAACCUUCAUUCCAGUCUUACACGUUCAAGCACACUGUCUUCGGACAGCCGAGAGAGUCUGUACAGCGUGUACAGUGAUGCUGGAGAGAUCAACUUCGGGAAUAUCCCUGCUACCGGGGAGAUACUUUUCGGACUGGACUACAACUACAAGACUGGGGCCUUGGAAAUCCACAUCAAGCAGUGCAAGGAUAUCGCACCUGUCGACACGAAAAGGAAUCGUUCAGAUCCGUACGUGAAGACCUACCUGCUGCCAGACAAGACGCGGAGUGGGAAGAGGAAAACAAAGAUCAAGAAGCACACCCUCAGCCCCACAUUUGAUGAAGUGUUGAGAUAUGUCAUCUCAAAGAGCGAAGUAGAGAACAGGGCAUUGUGGGUAACAGUGUGGCACAACGACCGAUUUGGCAGGAACGACUUCCUUGGUGAAGUGAUGAUCCCCAUGGACUGCUACAAGUUUGGCGACGCCUCUCUCAAGUGGUACCCCCUCCAGGACAGGUUGGACGCUCCUGGUGCCCAGCCAGUGUCCUACAAGGGUGACCUUGUCCUGUCAGUAAAGUUUGUCACUGCCGAGAACCUUGAUAACGACGGUUCUCGGAAGGGCAAGUCUAAGAAGGGCAAGGCGCCACCUCGAGGAGAACUACAGGUGCUCGUGAAGGAGGCCAAGAAUCUGACAGCCGUGCGGUCUAAUGGCUCCUCAGACCCCUUCUGCAAAGCCUACCUUCUGCCCGAGAAAAACAAGAGUAACAAGCAGAAGUCUGCGGUGGUGAAGCGGAAUUGCAAUCCCACGUGGAACCACGUGUUCCUGUUCGAGGACGUCAGUCUGGAGGAAAUGAAGGACCGCAGCCUGGAACUGACCGUCUGGGACUAUGACAAGAUCACCAGCAACGACUUCCUGGGCGGCGUCAGACUCAACAUAGGAACAGGGGUAGCAUCAGGCAAGACUGUGGAGUGGAUGGACGCACGAGGGGAAGAGAUAGCUAUAUGGCAGUCCUCAAUCGACCGACCCAACUGCUGGAAUGAUGGAACCAUCGGUCUCCGGGCAACCAUGGGCAAGAGUGAGAUACGCAAAUAACGCCUGGUGGACCUAGCUAAUCACAUCAUUCAUAGUGGUGUGUCUGUAAAUACAUGGAUUGGUCACGUACUUUAAGUAUGCUGUUUACAUGGAUGUUUUGACAGAUUAUUGUGAGACGUUUGGCCUUGCCCUUGUUCUGCCUUGUAUCAUGAAGCCAACGCUAGACAUGGCUGCCCUUGAUUUCUGUCAUUUCUACCUGUGACAGGGUGAGCCUAGCGUCUGUGUUGUAGGCAACACCAGCUGUAAACUGUAGUUCUGUAGACAGUCGAGACUAGAUCAACUCACUCCCAUCGGAGUCUAAAUCAGAAUAGUUCACCAUUUCAUUAGUUAUAAAAAGACUUGCACAGACCUCAUAUUCAGGGCCAUACAACAGACCAUUCUGUUCACGUGGGGGAAUCAAGCUGUGGAACAGUCCAUUCUGUUCACCUGGGGGAAAUCAAGCUGUGGAACAGUCCAUUCUGUUCACAUUGGGAAAUCAACCCAUGGAACAGUCCAUUCUGUUCACAUGGGGAAUCAAGCCUUGGAACAGUCCAUUCUAUUAUAUGGGGGAAUCAAGCCAAAGAAGCAUCCAUUAUAAACAUAGCAUGCACGGUGUGUCUGUGGACGAGAUGAAUGGACAGCACCGUAGGUCCUUUGCCUGGAGCCGAUACAGGGGAAGGUGUGCUGGAGCUUGUUUGCCAACAAGGACAAGGAGCAAGAGGUGGUCCUGAUGUUUUUGGCUGUCCUCUAUCAGACAUUGACCUGGGUACAUUUGUUUUGUUUGUAGUGUAUAUUACAGUCCUAUGUUAUUCUAUAGUAAAGUAUAUCAAUGUAAGUGCUAGUGACAGCCGCUGAACAUGAGAGACAAAUGCUACAAAUAAUAUUUUGUGGUUUACAGUUUGUAACAAGCUAAUGAAUGUGGUGUGAGCCCAUUACGUGUAACAAUAUAUUUGUAUAUCUGAAAACGGUCAAUUCCGACCAGAUGGAGGUUAUGUAAUGUCUAUUCAGUAACAAAUGUUCACGUCAGUCGGAGGAGUGUUUGUUUGUGUUGCAGUAGCCAGAAUCUUUGCCACACAUUUGACCGUAAUCAUUUUAAAAACCUGUUUAUUGUAUUUUAUACUCAACAGAUGGCCAUGAAUAUUUGGUAAAUUUUAUUUAUGUUUAUUUAAUUUCGGGUAGUUGACUUUAGGCUCCUUUCUUUUGACCCAUAAAGAAACAUACGAAGGUUAGAGUUAUAACUUUCCCGAGUUCCCCAAAUACACCAGUAUUGGAAGAUGGCUGUGAUGUCUGUCAGUGGCUUGUGGACAUGGACAAGAUGUUUAGCAGCACUCUAAAAUGCUAGAAAUAACUAGAAUUUGUUUAGGUUUAGAAAUAAUUGAUGUCAUUCAUGAAGAUACAUAGCUGGCAGAUGGACUGAAGGUAAUCCUAGAGCUCUGCUUUGUGUGGUAGGAUUCAGCUGGGCUCAUAUUGUAGCAGGUCCUGAGAGAACGCUUUUCCCAUCCACUGUGUGGGGCGUUGGUCACAUGGUCGACCUCCAGUCAGUUGGAUCCAGACUUGAUUACUAAAGCUGCCAUGUAGCUGUUGGGCUUUCUGACUGUAGCAUCCAUGGACUCGCUCACUCUACAUCAGUGCAUCAAGGACCUGUGCAUCAAGGACCUGUGCAUUUGCACUGCAGUGUUUGAACUAAUGUUGGUUAUACCUUGGAAGAUAGUGCACACAGACACAUUAACGGCGUAGUGCUCGUUCAGAGAUUUCCUUCAACCUUUCUGGAAAAUAUACAUAUGUUUACUAAUAUAUGAAAUUGUAUGAGAUGACAGUUGAAUCAUGGGGCACCUGCUUCAUGUGGCAGUUGUGUUACAAUGUGUACCAGGACAUGACAGAUAGUGUAGGAUAUAAACAUUUCAAGACUAACAACUGUAGGAUACGGGAAAUGUAUGUCGAGCUGCUGUGAGUCUGUGUCUCUGUGGAAUUGUAUGAUAUUCAUGUCUCAAGCCUAACAACUGCUUCACUGGAACUGUAUGAACUGUGCAUGUCUCAACCAAGCCGAUGUGAGUCGUUGGAAGUGUGCAUGUCUCAAGCCAAGCCGAUGUGAGUCAUUGGAAGCGUGCAUGUCUCAAGCCAAGCCGAUGUGAGUCAUUGGAAGCGUGCAUGUCUCAAGCCAAGCCAAUGUGAGUCGUUGGAAGUGUGCAUGUCUCAAGCCAAUCCGAUGUGAGUCAUUGGAAGUGUGCAUGUCUCAAGCCAAUCCGAUGUGAGUCAUUUGAAGCGUGCAUGUCUCAAGCCAAGCCGAUGUGAGUCAUUGGAAGUGUGCAUGUCUCAAGCCAAGCCGAUGUGAGUCAUUGGAAGUGUGCAUGUGCCAAACCAAACCUCUGUUAGUCUUUGGAAGUAUGCAUGUCUCAAACCAAGUGGCUGUGAGUCGUUGGAAGUGUGCAUGUUCCAAGUCAAGUCCCUGUGAGUUGUUGGAAGUGUGCAUGUCUCAAGCCAAGCCGCUGUGUAUGACAAUUGUAUAUAGAUUCUCCUAAUGUCUGUCUUUAUAUUUUCACACAUCCAGAGCUUUCUAUCUGUCUUACUGUACAGUUUAUACUUGUUGAAGUUUAUACCUUUUUUAAUAUAUAUUUUGUCUUUCUAUACAUAUUGUACAAAUCUGUUUCCUUUCCAAUAUGUUAUCCUUGGCUGGAACCAAGAUGUAUAUGUCAGUUAACUGCAGAAUUAGUUUGGGUCAUAAGAUUUGUUUUGUUGUGUCAUCCAUAUCUAGGUUCUAUGCAUCCACAUUUGUCAUGAUACCAAUUCUUCAAGCAGGAGAUACCACUGACAAAAUCAUUUCACAGAGACUUGUCUGUAGCAAUGAAUGGUGUGUAAUAACAUCCUAUAGUGAGAUGGGCAAUGUUCUACAUUGUUGCUGUAUCUUCUUGGAACAAACACACCAUCUAAAGGAUAUUGACUGUAUACAACAAUGUUAAUAUAUCAUCAGUCUUGUUAGAAUCAGAUCUUACUCCAACACAAUACCUCUCAGCGUCAGGAUCUGAAGCCACCUUCACAGACGGUUAGGCCAGGUGGCCACUAAGCGAACUUAGACCACCCAAUCAAAAUGAAGGAUGCAUGGGUUCUUGGGCCAAUCAGAUGUCAGCUUUCUAAAACAAUCUCUUCAUUUGUUUACCGUCUUUAUUCAGAAAUUUCUAUCUCUGCCAAAGAAGAACAUUACAGAACUCAAAUAUCCUCUCCCGAGUAACCCUUUUGGGUGUAGAUGCCGCGGCGCUCGCAAACACCAGGACGUGUAACAUAUCCACAACAAUGUAACAGUGUGGCAAUAUUUUUGUGUGCAUGCAGGUUUCCUUGGUUAUUGUUUUUUUAUUUUUAAACAAAAGUCAAAUUUGCUUCUCUGAUUGCUGGGUCCUCAAGUCGUCAUGCGGGGCGAUGGGGUAGCCUAGUGGUUAAAGCGUUUGCUCGUCACACCGAGGACCCGAUAUCGAUUCCCCACAUGGGUACAAUUGUAAAACCCAUUUCUGGUGCCAUUGCUGGAAUAUUGCGUAAAACCAUACUCACUCAAGUCUUAAUGCAGAGAGGUAUUGUGUUGGGAGUAAAAUAUUUGAUUUGAAUGAGAUUGAUGUAUUGUUAGAGCACAGCUAGAGGCCCUGAUCCAUUAGGCACUCAUCAUUGGGGUCAUGUGUAGUACAAUCAUAUCCCAAUAAUGUUGUCCAACCAAUACUCUUUAUAUAACAGUGACGCUCAAUCUACCUCAAGAUUGACACAGACUUCUGGGCUGUGGGUUUGAGUGGAAAGUGCAGUUUGCGCCAGCUGUACACUGUAUACACAGAUAAUCAUUUCGGGGAACUCGAGUACUUGGCUGUGCUCUAAGAGAGAUAGAGGACUUGUGACAGUACUUUAUCAGGAUAAAAGGAACAGUUGCAAGAACAAAGGACUCUGCUUUGCCUUAUGUUGUUCUUGCAACAUACCUUAUAUAUCUUGAUAAAGCACCUGAUCAUAUAAUUAUCAUAGAUUAUUAUAUCAAUAAACCAAUCAGAUAAACUUAUCACAAUCUGAUAAAUAUGCAAAUGAGGUCACCAAGGAAGAACUACUUUUGAUCUCCAUAAAUCAAUUCCAUGUCUACUUGCCAAGUAAACUAUUGACUUUUCCCAGUAAGUUUAAAUAGACAUUUUCUGAUGUGUGGAUGACUAUGAAGACAAAAGUGUCUGCAAAUCAUUUGGCACUGCAUAAUAUAUAGGGUUUCUAAAGCUACUUCAUCGAGCGAAAUUACAUCUUAAACGUUGAGUAAUUAAAGACUGACAUUAUAUGAUAUAGAGAUUUAUACCCUCAUGUGUUUCCGAAUGGUAAAUAUCCAAUAUUAGGGAUAUCCUAUAUACAAUAUAAUAUAUAGAGGAUUCAUCACGAGUGUUUUUUAGUAUGGGAAAUAUCAACCGAGUCUUAGUUAAUCGGAAUUUGCCGAGCCUUUGAUAAAUAUUCCUACUUGUCCCUUGUCCUCUAUCUGUUAUUGAACUAUACAGAAGCUGGUAAUGGGACUAUUAACCUAACUGUGAUAUACAUUUGUAGACGAUUUAUCUUAUUGUCAGUGCUAGUGAUUGGUCUUUUAUAUUGGUGACCUUGCCCUUUAAUCAAUUUAUAGUAUUGAUGUUUUGAGUCCUAUUUCUUACCAUCGAAACAUGGUUUAUUACUGUAGGGUAGAGACAUAUUAGUGGCCAUUAAUUUUGGAUUUUUGCAGAACCAGAAAUAAAACCUACUUGAUCUGAAGUGUACACUGAUGAACGUCAAAUCUUCUGUUUAAUUUCUCAAGAGCAUACAAUUUAAUUUACAAUCUAUGAAUGGAACGUUAAAUCUUCUAUGUAGACAUUUUCAGUUUAUUGCCUCCUGCCACAAACAUAGAGAGAAUCUACAAAACAAGAAAUUAAACGCAGGAAGAACUAAGCUGUUUCAGUGAAUUAUUUUAAUAUAUGUCUGGGUCUGUUUCACAAAGCCAUCGUUAAACGACGUCCAUAAUUCCUAUACUUUAACAUAGACUUACGGCAGUCAGAACACCACAGAUGCAUUGUGGGACGGGCCAAUUCAUAUACUAGUAUAUCACUGUGCAAUAUAUUCAUCUGUUUUCAGACUGGUACAAGUUGUGCGAGCAGAUCAUACAAUGAAAUCCCAUGUACAUUGAAAAGUUUCCUUAGUUAUUUGACAAUCACCCUGGGUCCGACAAACUCCGGCUGAUGCUCAUCCUGUCCAUGUCUGUUGCUUGGGAACUACUUUUGUUUGGACUACUUUUUGAGUAGCUGUUGCAGAAAUUCUGUGUUUGACUCUUUGAUGCUUCUCCAUCGUGAAUCAUGUGUAAAUACUGGCAUGUCAGUAGAUGAUGAAGUAUGCAACAAUUCACUAUGGAAAUACUCAUGUUACGAUAUACGAUUACCUUGCUAUUGUAAUUUCAGAUCAAAUCGACUUGCCAAUGUAUUUCAAAUAUUAUCUUUGUAUAUAAACAUAUAUAAAUAUAUGGUUGGGUUUUAUUGCAAACAAUAUAAAUAAUACUUUUGUUUCUUAUUAUGUACUAGGUGCAAUCUCUUAUACAAUUUUCACUCAUUUCUCAUUAAAUACUGAUCUAAA